AUGAGACCUCCUAGGGGACGCGGCGGCUUUGGGGGCGGUGGCUUCAGGGGCGGGAGAGAUGGUGGUGGCCGUGGCGGUAGAAGUGGUGGUCGCUUCGGUGGCGGCGGCCGCUUCGCUCGUGACGAAGGUCCGCCUGAUGAAGUCAUUGAGGUUUCAUCAUUUGUUCAUGCUUGUGAGGGAGAUGCUGUGAUGAAGCUCACAAAUGAAAAAAUACCAUACUUCAACGCACCAAUUUACCUUGAGAACAAGACACAGAUCGGUAAAGUUGAUGAAAUAUUUGGCCCCAUUAAUGAAUCUUAUUUUUCGAUUAAAAUGAUGGAAGGAAUUGUGUCCACCUCGUAUUCAGCAGGCGAGAAGUUCUACAUUGACCCGGCUAAGCUUUUGCCGCUCUCAAGAUUUCUUCCACAGCCAAAAGGGCAAGCGCAAACUGGUGGUAGAGGGGGAGGACGUGGGGGAGGAAGAGGUGCUGGGAGAGGUGGACGUGGCGGCAGCAGCUUUCGCGGAAGGGGUGCUCCAAGGGGAAGAGGUGGUCCUCGAGGCGGUGGUCGUGGUGGAGGUUUCAGGGGCAGAGGGAGAUCAUAGAAUGACUGUAUUUGUGCUUUUCUUCUUUUAGUUGUCAAUCCAGGGUGCUUCCGAAUCAACCAGAGCAGAAAAAUGACGGAUUUUUCUCUUAAUGUAAUUUUGUUAUUUUCAAUUGGGCUGCGGUAAAAUUAUCUUACUCUAGUUCGGAUUUUAUUGCAUUAUUUUAUACUUUUGCUAAAUUACUUCAUGCCCUAUAGAGUGUUGAUAAAAAUCAGAUCAACAAAUCUUUUCAUCUGAUCA